GCCGUUGACUUUUUCUUCGUGACUCACGCGUUUUCAUACUAUUAGUCUAUCACCAGCUCGACAGCUUGACCUCCUUGGAGAAUGGCCAACGAACCGACAAAACAAAAAUUAUGGGGUGGAAGAUUUACGGGGACGACGGAUCCGUUAAUGCACACCUUCAACCAAUCUCUAGCCUACGACCAAAGAAUGCACGCGGCCGAUAUCAAAGGAUCUAUCGCCUAUGCAAAAGGUUUAAAACGCGUAGGGAUACUCACUGAAGACGAGGAAGCUAAAAUGAUUGCGGGGCUGGAGGCUGUUGGGAAGGAAUGGGAAGAUGGGACUUUCGAACCCGCACCAGAUGACGAAGACAUCCAUACCGCCAACGAACGUCGUCUGAGUGAGCUCAUUGGUCCUCUCGGAGGAAAGCUACACACCGGACGAUCGCGAAACGACCAAGUCGCUACUGACAUGCGGUUAUGGCUCCUCGAAGAGAUCAAGGACGUCGAAAACGGAUUGAGAGAGCUUAUUCGUGUGAUGGUUGAACGGGCGGAUAAAGAGAAGGAUUAUUUGAUGCCUGGCUAUACUCAUUUGCAGCGAGGCCAACCAAUCCGAUGGUCCCACCUCCUCCUCUCCCAUGCCUUUUCAUUCCGCAACGAUCUCGAGCGUCUCCAACAGCUUAUUCCCCGAGUCUCCGUAUUACCCCUAGGCAGCGGUGCCCUCGCCGGGAACCCUUUCGUCGUCGACCGGGAAUUCCUCGCAAAAGAACUGGGGUUUCAAUCCGUUGCGGAGAACAGUCUAUGGGGUGUCGGAGAUCGGGAUUUCAUCGUGGAGUUUCUUAUGUGGAGUAGCUUGGCUAUGACUCAUAUUAGUCGGAUGGCGGAGGAUUUGAUUAUUUAUUCAACGGCAGAGUUUGGGUUUGUUACGCUGAGUGAUGCGUAUAGUACUGGCUCAAGUAUAAUGCCGCAAAAAAAGAAUCCAGAUUCGCUAGAAUUGCUUCGAGGCAAAUCUGGUCGUGUCUUUGGAAACAUGGCUGGCUUCAUCAUGACCCUCAAAGGUUUACCCUCAACAUACAACAAAGAUUUACAGGAAGACAAAGAGCCCUUGUUCGACGCUUUGGUUAACGUCUCCAUGUCGUUCAAAAUUGCGGAAGGCGUUAUUGCUACUCUGGAUGUUCACCCAGAAAAGAUGCGUAAAGCCUUGACCAUGGACGUACUCGCAACAGACCUCGCAGAUUAUCUCGUUCGCAAAGGAAUCCCCUUCCGCGAAACCCAUCACAUCUCCGGGCGCGCCGUAGCUCUUGCUGAAUCCCGCUCAUGUCAACUGAACGAGUUGACGUUGGCGGAUUACAAAACCCUCAACGACAAAUUCAGCGAAGAUGUCCAUGAGGUGUUUGAUUUUGAGGCUUCGGUGGAACGACGACAGGCGAUAGGUGGACCUAGUCGGAAAAUGGUAGAUAGGCAAAUUGCUGUUCUGAGGGAGGCGCUGAGGGGUUGAGGGUGUUGUUUAAGCACCGUACUUACUGAUAGGUAUCUAAGAAUAUCUAUUUAAAUCGAUACCGUCUCGUUGAAGAGGCGGCCAGAGUUUUUUUGUUUUGUUUCAUCAUUCUACCCGGAAAAUAUGUUGCCCAAAAUAGCAAUUCUCUGAU